AUCUUGUCGGGUCUGCGUAAGGUCCCAGCGGGGGUUAAGGCUGUGGGGCUGGUCUUUUUUCAGCAGCUAACAUCGGUAUUAUUGUUAGCGAUGCACCAGGCUAGAAAGAUAGAGACUCAAGGCAAGUUAUGCACUAUAGCUGCCAUUGCACCUCGUUUGGGGUCAGAAGACGCGUUUCGGGAGAGAAGGCGUGCAGACAAGAUCACAAUAGACAUAACAGGCACGUUGAGCGGAUGUCAAGGGGAUAAAAAGAUAGAAUAUUCAGAUGGAGAAAAAAUCUCUCAGGGGCUUCGACGACCGUGAGAAUGUUAGCUACGCGAUUGACAUAGUUGUUGCAAAAGCGAGGCCCCGCGGUAUCGACACUUGACGUGUUGUGUUGUGGAAGGGGAACAAACGCGG